AUGGAUCUCGAUCCUCCACAAAGAAGUGACAAUAUAUCGCCAGAACCCGGACCAUCUGAACUAGAUAUCGACCUUUCUCAGUUAGAGGAUAUAGAUGCACGUCGACAGCAAACAGCAUCAAAAGCCCUCUAUGCCCGAAGCGUUUUGGCUUUACGGAACAAUGUCCCUACGACUUCCAUUCCCAACGAUACAGCAGCACCUCCCUCGGCUCCUGUACCAUCAAUAACUUGCACAGCACCUGCUCCUUUCGACAAUCAGCUAUUUGUGAGCCAGCCGGCGGACAAUAUCCUUGACGAUAAUGAGAUUGAGCAAAUUCGGCAAUAUGUAGCUUCCCAGAAUGGGAAUGCGAGCGAAAGCAAUGGCCUUACAGCCAUGUCCCAGGAGCAAGACAAUGUAUCGACCGAAACUUCAAGUGGUGCGACGGCCGUUGAGGAUCGGAUGAAUCUGGAUGAGCCACAACCUGUGGUGGCCUCAUCGUCGAAACCCUCCGAAGCCCCUGACGCACCUGCGGUUACAGGGACUCAGGGAUCGGUUGAUGAAAAUGUCGCGUCUGAAUGGCCUGAGGUCCAGGAAGAAGAUUCUACAGGGUUCGAUAUUAUGGAGACAUGGUACAAUACCCUUGAGAACCCGACUCUCGAGGAAAAGGUACAAUAUGAAAAAGCAAAGCAGCAAGAGUCUCGGCGCAGGCGGAGGAUUGCCAACCGGAAGGCUCUGGAAGAGGCAGAACAGAUCCUUGAGUCUUUUCCGGAUUUAUCUGAUGAUGAGCCGCUCAAUUCGUCGCUUGGAGCAUUACCCGGAGACACUGGUAAGCGCUCGGAUAUGGUAUCUGGAAAUCGACCUUCGAGAGGCCCACGAAAGCAGAAGAAUCGGGUCUCUGCUGCAGAAAGACGCAGAAGUAUGCGGUUAGGUCUCGACAUUGCCUUAGGAUGUGCAACGAGGAAGAGGGGAUCAGGAAAGAAACGCUCUCGAAAGCGAAAAGCAGAAGACAGCGAUGAAGAUGUCCCAGCUAGCGGUGACGUUAGCAGGAAUUUGUUUGAUUCGGAGUUCGACCUAAACGCGUUUCUCAAUCCUGAUGUUAUCGCUGACGCUCAAGCAAACGCUGGGCUUCCGGCAAUUCCGAUAUCUAAUUCCAAAAACAAGCAAACUGUGCUUACCGAACUUGUCGCUAGCAUCCCUUCUGCCGAUCAGGAUCAGGCCAAGUCCGACAGGCAGGCAAUCCUCGAGGCAACCACAAAGUUCAGGCAUAAAGCAAGAUCUGAUGGAAAGGGCGGGUGGAGGAUAAAGGGCAUGAAGACUAGUCUAUUCCAUCAUCAGCUCCUCGGUGUAGCGUGGAUGCGUGAUCGGGAGAAUUCGGCCAGUCCGCCCUUUGGGGGCUUUCUUUGCGAUGUUAUGGGUUAUGGCAAAACUAUUCAGGCUCUAGCCAAUAUUGUUGAUGGAAGAUGCGUUAACCCAGACGACCCCGUCAAAACAACAUUGAUCGUCGUUCCACCUCACCUUGUCGGGCACUGGGAAUGCCAAGUCGUCAAGCAUUGCGAGAAGGACGCCGUUGGUGACGUCCUUAUAUACUGUGCUCAGAGCAGAAUGCGUAGCGUCGACGUAAUUCAAAGUCUGCAGAAGUUCAGUGUCAUAAUUACGACAUACGACGAGGUCAGACGCUCGUAUCCGCAGUUAAAGCGCAGAGAUGAGGUUCUCGAUGAAAAGAAGAUCGUUGAGAUGUGGGAGGAACUCUACGCCAAAGAGAUCGGGCCAUUACAUCAGAUCAAGUUCUUGAGGAUCAUCCUUGAUGAGGGACAUUCGAUCAAGAACCAUCUUGCCUCUACGUCAAUCGCUGUCCGUGCUCUCACUGGCCAUCACAAAUGGAUUUUGAGUGGAACACCCGUGCCUAACUUCAUCACUGAGUUCUAUCCGCACUUCGAUUUCCUGGAGUAUCCAGACACGAAUGAUUACAGUCAGUUCGUAAAACGCUAUUGCGAGGACGAUGAAGCCCAGCAGCGCCUUCGGAACCUAUGUCGAACAUAUCUCCUCCGUCGGACGCAUUCCAGCCGACUUUUCUCGUUGCCUAUCAUCAAGUUACCUGAUAUCGGCGAGACAGUCAUCAAGGUAGAUUUUUGUGAUGUAGAAAGAAGAAUUUACGACGAGGUUCUCGACAAAUUCAUUUCAAAUAUCAAUGGUCUCAGCGAUGACACGAAUCCGUAUCUCGCACAGUGUCGGUGCUUUCUCACUAUGAUCUUGAAACUAAGAAUGAUCUCUAGUCAUUUGCUCACAACUCAAAAUCUUGUCAAGCGGCUAUUGACCGCGUCUUUUAUGAGAGAUCUUGUCGAAAUUGCAAGAGAAACAAGAGAUCCUGACCAUCCUUCAAACCAAAUAACAAAAUGGUUUAUUACUUUGAAGAAAGGAGUUUCUCUGCCCGCCGCACCGCCAGAUAACGAAGAUCCGAGCCUGUCGAGGAAUGAGCUUAACGGAGACAGAGAAGAGCUUGUUAAACAAUUUCACAAGUUCACUACGGAGCUUCACGAGGACGAGCAAUGGGACGAGCGAUUGAGAAGAACCAGCUGCCCACACUGCCAGUUAACUCCAAUAGGUCCAAUCAUCACCAGCUGCAUGCAUCUGUAUUGCGAAGAAUGCUAUUUCUUUCUCAAGAAUAGUGUCACUUCUGAGGAUGGAAAGCCAAUAUGUCAAACAUGCAACAACCCUAUCGCGGAGGCUGCAUAUUGCGGCACCGCCGAACGUAUCGUUCUCGAUGAGCCGUCGGUCCCUUCCACUCUGACUCACACCGACAGCAGAAGGACCAAACCAUCUUCUCAGAAAAAGUCAAGCAGAUUGUUUGGUAGUCGGAUGUUCGUAACCGCCGCACAUCGAUCACGAAUGAAACAAACGGAUGAUGAACAGCAGAAUGAAGAAGAGGAGCUAGAUUGGAUUUCAGCCACUCAAGGGGGAAUGCCUGGUGCAAAGGUUGAUAAGGUUCGGGAAUUGGUCGCUAAUUGGAUUCGAGAAGACCCAGGUGCCAAAGUAGUUGUUUUCACGCAAUUUCUUGACUUCGUUCGGAUUUUUUCCUCGAUAUGUACCAAGGAAGGCUGGGCGUACUGUCGUUUGACGGGAAAGAUGUCAACUGGAGCUCGCGACUUGAGUAUGAAUGACUUCAGGGAGAAGCGAGAAGUGAAAGUCAUGAUUGCAAGCCUCAUGGCCGGCGGUACAGGGCUCGACAUGUCCAUGGCAAAUAAGUGUAUCCUUGUGGAUCUUUGGUGGAACGAAGCCAUGCAGCAGCAGGCGUUCUGUCGACUGUACAGAAUAGGACAAGAGAAAGUGGUGGAGAUCGUCAAAAUCAUCGUCCAGAACACGAUUGACGACUACAUCCUCCAGCUACAAACGAAGAAGUCGGCCAAUAUCAACAGCACCAUUGGUGAAGAAGCAUUGCAGAAACGCGACAAGAUUAUUGACCUUCUUAAAAUGUUCGCAGAAGUCGAGGUGCAAGAAAACGGUGGCAUCAGAGUCGAGGUACGCCGCAAGGGGAAACAAGCCGACAAAGGCGACAAAGGUACCAAAGGCAACCUGCAAGGCGCGGCGAAACGAUCAAAGGGUAAAGGACCCAAGGGCAAAGAACGUGAUACAGGUGAUACAGGCGAUACAGGCAUGGGCUCCUCAACUUAG